CUGGAUUUUAGUGAUGUUCGUCCUCAAAUCAUUUUCAUCGAUGAACAGGACCGAGGUUUUUCAUCUCCUGUUCCCGCCCUCUUUACCUAAUUUGGCAAAGCAGAAACGCCCCUCACGAGGAGGAAAUACGUUCCCGGAAACUCGGUCGUGAACAUCAAAAAUGGCGACAUGGACAGACCGGGCUGUUGGAAUGGGCCUUGUAGUGUUCAGCAUUCUCCUGUUCACCUACUAUUCUAUCUGGGUGAUUGUCCUGCCCUUUGUCAACAGUGACCAUGCCAUCCAUCAUUAUUUCCUGCCUCGAGAAUAUUCAGUUAUAUUGCCCGUUGUUGCAGCCUUGGUUCUUGUCUUAUUUAUAGGUGGAUUUAUCACCGUAGUUUUGUGGAAGAACAAGCAAAAAAAGAAAGUGAAUUGAAGUGGAAGCCUUUGUUCAGGAUGUCCUGGGAGAAUACAGAAUUAGACAGUCCAAGGGGUACGGGGAGGGAAUACUUGCCAGGAGCCACGUCCUCACAUCUCAUUCUGAAAUGCAUUCCAUUUUGUUGAAGACAGAGAGUGGGGUUUGCUCUUAUAGACUUGGACACUUUUUGGCAGGUUGGAUAUGUUUUUUUCUUUUAUGUUUUUUGGAGAAGCACAACUUUUUUUCUGUUUUUGGCAAUGCAGUGUAACUGACCUUUACAUAAAAAAUGUUCUAUUCAACUGAAAACGCAUGGAUAUGUAUAUUUUUUGUCUUUGUCCAGGAUGUAAAUUAAACACUAUUUCUUUAGUAGUGAAUUAAAAAGCAAAAAGGUCUGUAACACAAGAUAUACAGUAAUAUUGUGCAAUGU